UAAACGUGCUCUGACAGACGCAAGCCGUGAUGGCGUGUGACGCAGCAGCCUGAUACGCUGGUCACGUGAUAUCAAACGACUCUUCUGAUUGGUUAAAGUCAUUAGUCAGCGCUGCUGCAUGCGUAGCCAGAACACGACUGGCAUAUUAUUAAUAAGUUCAGUUAAAUACGGCGCCUGAAAAAAAUAUUAAUUCUGCUUUUAAACAAACGUGCAUGUUACCGUAUGGUGUCAUAACUGACAGCAGUUUAAGAGCUGGUCUGCGGGAAAGCAAGAGAGUGUGCGGAUCAGGCGCUGAACGCGGCUCUUCUCAAUCAGAGGAACAUCAGAAGAAUCAACCGGAGGCUUCACAGCUCAACGAGUCUCAGGCCUAUCUUGACAUUCAGCUGCACAAGACGAACAGAAAGAUCCUUAAGGCAGAAAAAAAUCGACUGGAACAAAAGGAGAUUGAACGGCACAGCAAGGCCUACCGGGACGACACAGACCAACACCUGAAUGCUUUCCGAGAGACGUCUAUUGCACAUCUGGAUGCUUUUCUGUGCUCGCUGCGUGACUGUAUCAGCACUCAUCACGGUGAGCAAUGUUCGGGAAUCCAGCAGAACCUGAGUCGAAUAGCGCAGGAUCAAACCCGUCUGCAAGACGUUCACUCGGGCUUUGAGAGGCUUCUACAGGAGAGCGACACUUUCCAAUUCAUCAAGGUACAUUUUACACACCGAUACUUAUUCAUUCUGAGCAAACCUGACAGACCUCUGUUUUUCCCUGAUGCGCUCACAGUCGACACGGAGCCGCUGUUUGAAACGAUGGAAGGAAAGAUGGGCGAGUUCAUUGCUGAAUUGCGGCAGCACACCGACACACUCCUCAGCACCGUCUGUGAGUCUGAGACCCGCUCAUACGGUCUCUUUUCAUUAGACACAGUUCCCAGGCUGUUCUACAGUCUUAUAUAUGAAUGAACACCGGAAACUUCAGGCCGCUGCGAGUCUCUCCGUCUCAACAGCACAAUACAAACAGUGUGACUCAAACACGCUGUGCCUGUCGAGUGAGAGAACGCUAGCAAGUGUCUGAAGAUGAAGUCUCAGGUUCUGCUUCCUAAUAAAGUG